UUUCCAAGUAUAGGACAUGCGCAAUAUAUGCAGGUCAGACAUCACGUUUGUCCCAUUAAAGGUGUGUCCGCUUGCCGUAAAUAUCUCUGACUCCUUCGUUUAUUUUUCGUCGCACCAAGGAGUAAGGUGUUAGGAUACACUUCGGGGCAACGGGAGAUCGAACAAAGAUGCUCUUUCGAGAGAUUUGCGUUUGCGUUUGCUUGGCGAUGGUUCUGUCUCUGGCUACAGCUGUCGAUCCGAACGCGAGGGACUGGACGAGCGUGUACUGUAGUCCGACGGGGUUAGAGGCAGCGAUCAAGAAAAAGGAUAAUGCGAAGUCGGUGACGGAGUAUGAAAGAGCCUUGAAACAAUGGAACAAUACGGACGCGCCCCUGAAAACUGACGUAGCAAAAAUGAUAAAGGCUAAAGAUUUAAAAACAUUCGCCGUUGAUAAAUUCGCUAAAAUUCCAAUGGCCUGCCUGCUGAGGCUACCGCUUAAAGAGACUAAUAAAGGGAUAACACUCGCACAAACUCUAAAAGUGGCAGAAUUGGGAAAUACAAAAAUGGUGGAAGAUGCAGUGAUGGCACUAUCGAGCGGGGACAAAACUCAGUUUCUGACUAACGUUUUGGCUCCAGAAAAGCCAAGUAAGACCACGCCGUACAAGUCUAUCUUGCUUGGCGAGAUCAAACGAACCAUUGGGAGGGCGUUGCUUACAGACGUUGUAGCGAAAGUAAAUGCAGCAGAAUGCCCUUACCUCGCUGGAGCCAUGGAGAAUGCAGCUAUCACGAAACCUCAGUUUGAAACACUGAGCGCGAAGGUCGUCACAAAGUCCUGUACAUUGGACAUGGCAGGAGUGGAAAGGAUGGCUACGAAAGUACUGGAUCUUUACAAAGACAUCGCAGCUAUUACGACAACAGCGGAUGACAUAAUAAAAUACAUGACGCCUUUGAUUCCGUACCUAAGCAAGAAGAACUGCGAUACGCUCUUCUCGACAGCAAGAAUGACGGCGGCGCUUUCAAAGGCUGCUAAAAUCACCUCACUGAAUUUGAAAGCAUUGGAUGGGAAAUGGAGGCUUGAUAAGUGCCAAGGGGGCAUGUCAUCUCCAUGCCUGAUGACUUUGAAAGAACUCAUUGGAAAGACUCCUGAUAAAGUUACUGAUGCGAAUUGGGACAGCCUAGGAGCCGUGGCGUCGUUUCUAGAUCCAAGUGUUAUUACCGCAACUCUAAAGACCUACACGGAUACCAGCCCACUAGUAAAACGAUGCGUUAAGUUCAAGCUGUACCAACUAUAUGAAUUCCGAGGAAAGGAUCUAAACACAGCCCUUCAGAUGUUAGUGAGUCAGUGCACCAAAGAAGAACCCAUAUCAACAGUGACCGACUGGUCCAAACAAAAAGUUGAUGCUACGACGAAGGGAUACGCAGGAUACAUUCCAUUUUUUCCGCUAAGUAGACUCGAGGGGGCGAACGGAUUACCGAAAGCAGUGCUUUGUAAUACAGAACUGUUUACAAUAUUCAAUAAAGUUGUGCAAUACGGAAAGAGUGAAACCAUAAAGACUACCUGCGACAAGUACUUCGAUACGACCACACCAGUCCCAAAACAGAAAUCAUGCCGCCCAUCAACCCCACCUGGCGAGAAGCCAGAAGGAAGCAUGGCGCAUCCUGGUAUUGACACUGCAAAGGUCCAUAGUGUCGACGGCGCAACCGCAGAGAAGCUUGUAACAAAUCCCAACACAAGAAGGACCGUGGAGGCCUUGGUCACGGCAGAUGCUUGCACCAUUGUGAAGAAGGCAACAACAACAAAUGCUGAGAUGUUCUAUGAAGCAAUCAAAUCGCCAUUAUUGACGAAGUGCUACUCCGUCGAGACCUCUGUUACCAAGAGCAAAACUGAGAAUAACAUCGACAAGAUGGGCAUGGCGAACUUUAACAAAGCAACGCAACUUGGAAUUUUUGCAGACCUUAAUAAGACGAAAACCGUGGACAAGUGGACCGACGCUGACAUCGAUCGAAAUGUCCGUGUUGUACCAAUGGUCAUAACUCCAAAGAUCGUCAACAUGAUGACAGCUGAAGCGUUCGUUAUUGCCACGAAAAUGUCACAUGUCUCGGGCAAAAUAAUGAGCAACACAAUUGACGCCGUUUUGGACAGGGUUACUGCCUUUCUAGCAAUAAGUGACUCGGCUGAUCCUCUUAAACCGAUGACCGUUGCCCAAGCUGACCAACUUGGACCUCUCAUGACAUAUAUAAAGAAUCCUGAUGUGAGUUUGAAGAACGCUAUCGCGGGUGUCAAAGCGAAAUACUGCGACAAAAUGAGCGAGAGGAUGGCAGCAGGAGGUGACCCGAUGUGUAGAAUGUUACCAGAUCUCGCCAAAGUUUACACGUUCUGUAAAGCCAACAAAGUACCAACCCUGACUGGUGGAAAGUGGACGGCAGCAAACGUUGCAAGUAUGGGCAAUCUUGCCUGUCACAUACCGAAGGCUGAUGUUGAAGCGAUGGCAGUGGCCGAGUUCAAAAUGGCCAUUGCAACUUUCAGCGCCUGUGAAUUCAUGGCAGCUCCAACGAAGGAAGCAUUUAUUGCAAUGGUUAAGAAUAAAGACGUAUACGGUAGUGACCCUGCAAGAUGGACAAUAAUGCAGGUUGCAACAUUAGGUCAAUCCUUGAAGUUCUUUCCACAGGCGGACUUGGAUAAAAUAAAAAAGGAUGUUUAUAAGGACUUAAAUUUAUUAGAGGAAAACGACGACUGCAUUAAGGCAAAGUAUGGCAAGGAGGAAAAAGGAUACGAGGUCCUCGUGAAGGCAAUGCAUAAAGUUCUUACUGCAGUAUCCACUGGUACAGCUACCUUAACCUACGAUGAGCUGAAUCCAAGGCCAGAUAGUUACAUGAAGUUGCUAACGGUUGACCAGAUCAAGGCUAUACCUGGUGAAGAUUUUAAGGCACUUUACAGACGAUUUGCUUCCAUAAACGAAUGGUCGAAGGAUCAGCAGAAGGAAUUGCUUACGCAGAUCAAAUCUGCCAAGGUGGCCAAUCAGGACAAAAUAUGUAAAUUUACCGCAGCUGAACUCAUCAAUACUGGUAACCUGGUUACUCUCAUGACUGUCGAAGAUAUCAAGUGUUUCGACUUUAAGACUGCCAGCGAUAAGGCAACGCCUUUGAGCUCUCUUGUAGGUUGGACAGAAGACCAGUACAAGGAAUUAGCUGCAUAUUAUAAGGCAAACACGUCAUUGACCGUCAAAUCAAUGGACGAGACUAAAAUCAUGUACCUCGGAAGCUUCAUGUGUGGUUUGAAUGACACAGACAUCGGAACUGUCCCUGCAGGAACACUGAAGAAAUCAAUGUCAAUGGUGGUAGAUCUUUAUGUCAAUUGCAACCACACCAAACUUGUUGCCUUAUUGAAAGUCGCACAACAGAAGGAAGCGUAUGGCCCCAUCGCAAAGUGGACAUCCACCAUCGUAGCCGAAGUUGGAGUUAUCAUAGCUGGAGUCAACAAAACUGAGAUUGCUGCCCUUGACACUCUCAUUGCUGAUGUUCCUGUUGACAUCCUGGAGAAAAUUGACUCCGAGACCAUUAAGUACAUGACCGACGCUGCCAAAAAGAAGCUUCCUGCGGAUGUCCGAAAGGAGUUAAAGGUUGAUGACAAGAAGGCUUCAGAUACAAGCUCGGCCGCAAUACCGGUUUUCAAUGGGAUGUUUUUGCUGUUGACAAUACUGGUUACCGCCCAGCUCUACUAGAGGACCCAAACACACCAAAGACAACUUAAAAGCUGCCAGUAGAGACUAAAAAACGAGCCAAUGUGGCAGUUGUAUGUUCAUUUCAUGACUUAAAGGCGGAGGUCAGGAUGUUUCAAACCUAUUUCAAUUAGUCAGUUAUGAGGAGAACAGCGCUUCGGGCAGGGCAACCUGGAAAGGCGCUAUACAAAUAUAUAAUUGUAAUGUAUUGUAUUGUAUAGGAUGCAUUAUAUGUAAAUUUGACGGCUUCAAGCCAUGAGUAUAGAAAAUGUAAAUUAAAAAACAUGCUUAAUUUAGCCUUUGCCAACCUAAAACGACGCCUUUAAGCCAUGAGCAUAAUAAAACUGCAAGUUUCCAUGGCCAUAUAAUGUAUGUAGAUGUCACCUUGACUUGUCAAACAAUAGAUAUCGUACCAUUUUAAUAACCUUCUUAGAAUUAACGUGCGCAUCUUGAAAUUAAUAGUACGUACAGGUUACACACCGGAAACGAUGCAGUAACUCGUCCAUGAAAGACUAUAUGUAUAUAUAAACAUACAUUGUACAUUACAGUUUAACUGAAAAUAUUUCAAACUUGUGAAGUCGUCUUGAUAAGUUUAAUCCACUCACUAUAUUUCAAUAUCUUCGUGAUAAUUCCGGCAAACAAACUCAUAGUCAAGAUGUCAAAUUCUAGGUUGGAGCCAAAAGAGUUUCGACUACUGUUCAAUCGCUUUUUAUAGUGAUAAAUGUUGCUGAACGGAAGUGUUCCUCGGUUGCAUGCAAGCAUGUCAGGGUGUUAAACACCUUUUCUCAAGUUCGCCUGUUUUAUAGACACCGUCCAAACAUCGAAACAUUCCAUGAGACUCCGUCGCUAAACCAACGUCUGUACCAUGUAUCGGGUAUGUUUACUUUUCAAACCCGUCCAUCAUGAAGAGCCAUCUCUGAAUUCGUCUAUAUUGUUAUUUUUCAAGUCGAUAAUGUAAGUUUUGAAUCGGAAACAGAUGCCAGUGCCACCUGCCACGUUCCAUCCAUUCAUUAAAAAUAUCACGGUCCGUGAUUUAAUCGUUGUUAAAAACUAUUGACCACAUAAUUUGUAUAUACUAUACAUGCUGUUAAAAAAUACUUUUACUUUUAAAAUCUUUAUAACUUUUUUUAAACAAUGACACGGGGACACACCUUUGGAUAUGGAAAAUAGAGGCCUUGAGAAUUUUGUUAGAAAAACGCCUGCAUGAAACGGUCCUAUAAUUAUUACGUAACAAGCCAUCCAAUUUACCUGUCAUUUUAUUCAAGCAGGGCAGGAUUUUCAGUAAACAACAAUUGGACAGUGCCAUGCAAUAUAAAGGGAAGAUAUUGCAUAUGUCGCCCAUCACCCAAAAGUCUUGCAAUACGGCAAAGGACGUAAUCUCUAUGGUAUUCACAUUGACAAGAUGCCAUAUUCUGCUGAGCAACGCAUUUUUGUAGUGAUUUCAUUUUUUUCAAAUAACAGGAAUCUAAUUUCAACACUGAGAGCAUUUUCUAGAGAAUAUGGGGUACCUAAUCGCAUUUCAAGCCAACUAGUCCGGAAUUAUGUCAACAAAUUCCGUACGGAACAGCGCCAAAUUCUGGGAAGAGCUGAACUCCGUCUAGAAUGCGACGUUGCAGUGCAUUCAGAGGUCGACGGUGGAAAGCUUUUGAGUUGAAAAUCUGCUGUUUCAGAAAUCUUUUUCAGAGGUCAAUUGCGUAACAACCACAUAUCACAACAAUACACAUCAUAUCCCAACAAAUUCUCUAAGCCUCUACUUAUCUGAAGUUGCUUUCUGCAUACAAUAAUUAACAAAAAAGUUAUUAAGAUUUCAAAAAGUAAAAAUAUUUUUUAACACCCUGUAAUACGUCCAUUACCAUCCUGAGGAAUGCAGGGGUAAUUGUUCGCUUCUCUGGCUCUUAACCUCUGUUUUCUCAGGAUGGUCCAUUAAUGGGAACUGUUACAUCUUUUAUAGAAAUAAUUUUGAUUCCUAAUAAAUAUAUCUUGCAAAAACCAAAUGUCCAGUAUAAAUGAUAUUACGUGAUACCAUUCGUUUUUUUCGAGAUUGUCAAAAUAGCUUUGUUCCGUCUCUAAGGUGAUCAUAAAGUACUAAUUGUAUACGUAAUCAUAAGCAGCAGUUGUUGUAGUUUCGGUGUGUAUUUAAAGAUGAAGUUAGAACCGUCCACCAAAAUUCCUUUAUCUGGCCAUUAUGUAUACAAUGAUAUUUAGAUGUGAAGUUGUGUAAAUGUGAAACUAUUACUAACUUUUAUAGUAACUUCUUUGAACAAAACUUCAAUGCAUGAUUUAACUGCCACGGGGAAAGAAGCACGUGUGUAUGACGUCAUCAGUUGAUGAGGAGAGUUGGUCAUCGCCAUCUUCAUUUCGUCAUUGCUUGGUGCAUGGAAAAUAUGUGCUUCGGUAUGAUCUGUCGGGCGAGUUUUGAUUGCACUUUCGUUGUAAACUGUAUCGAAACUUAGGAUUUCGCUCUUUUAGCAUUAUAUUUCGCUUCCAAAUAAUAUCAAUAUUGUGCUGCUCUCAGCCAUUUGCUUUAUCGCUCAUUGACCUUUUCCCUUGCCCCUUACCAUGGUUGGUACCAGGCUCCCAAAAAGCUAGAUGCACAUUACCGACGCCCACCGACGAAGGCUUGCAACCAUGAAUUUUUUUGGUCACUCACGACCCAGCAAGGCCAAGUGUGUGUGAAAGUCCCGUCCGGACGUAAAUGUAUCGGCUCUUGAGAGGCAAUAUCACCAUAUCUGAGUAUUUGCGUCUGGAUAAAAAUAUAUUCAAGUCGUUUCGUUUGUAUGUUACAUUCUGUCAGUGUUUUCUUCAAUGCCAUAUAAUUAUACCGUAAAUGUCCUGUUAAAAGGUGGCCUUUAAUUUUGUCAAGAGAGAAAAUUGUCACAUUUUAUAACUUUACCUUUGAACUGCAAAAAGCAUUUCUUUAGAGUGGUGCCUCUAAAUAAUAGGGCAACUGUUGCAUAGUCUUAUGACAGCUGUAUUUUAAGGGGCAUGAUUUUUACGUAUUGAUUUGUCCAAAGAACAUCCGUUUGAUCAAGAUUCAUGAAAGAAAACGUAAAGUAACGUCCGCGAAUUUUGAUGAAUACUGAAUUAGGAUACGAGGGAACUCUUCGAUGUACAUGCUAUUCCAUGUUUUAUGUAACUUUCAUGCUUCGCUGUCCUACAAAAUAAAAAGUCUCUUUAAAA